UCGAUUUUCUUUGUCCUCCAUGAAAAAUGUCGAUUAUGUGGACAUAGCACGUCUCAUGGUUCAAACUCGAAUUGACAUAAAAGUUGUGUUUGAAUGUAUCAUGUAUGGUGAUGCAAGAGAGAGAAUUCAUGGCAGCCAUGGCCUUCUCUUUUCCCUCCCAUUUUUCUGAUGCGUGCAAGCCAUUCUCAACUCCCCUUCUUCCUUCUUCAUUCUUCUUCUUCUUCUUCGCUUCUUAAACGGUUCAUAAAUUCUUCCCAUUCUCUGUUUCCUCCAUCUCUCUUUCACUUCAACUUCCCCCUGUUUCAAUUAAACCCUUCCAAUACCAAUGGGAAACCACGCCACCAAAAAGACCGCCGCCUCCGCCGUCAAUCUGGCCGCAAAAGACCUCAGCUCCUACUCAGCCGCGUGCCGCGCCGACGCCGACGUCCGGUCCUUCGACGCAGCCCUCCAGGCCCGGGCGAACCAAGUGCUCACCACACUGGCCCACGGCGGCGGCGUCCAAGUCCGAGCCCUCUCCUUCGACUCCCUCAAGCAGGUCACCGAGUGCCUGCUCGACAUGAACCAGGAGGUGGUUCGAGUCAUACUGCAGUGCCGAAACGACAUUUGGAACAACCGGGAGCUGUUCGACCUCGUCGAAGAGUACUUCGAAAACAGCCUCCAAACCCUAGAUUUCUGCACCGCUCUCCAAAAGUGCCUCAAGCGAGCUCGCGACUCCCAAUUGAUGAUUCUAAUGGCGCUCAAGCAGUUCGAGGAGGAGGAAUCGCGACCCGGGAGCAAACAAUUCGCCAAAACUUUGCAGGAAUUGAAGAAUUUCAAGGCCCAUGGCGGCGACCCUUUCACCCAGGAGUUCUUCGCCAUCUUCCACUCUGUUUCUAAACACCAAACGGUGAUGCUGGAGAAGCUUCAGCAAAGGAAAAACAAACUGGACAAGAAGCUGAAGUCGAUCCACACCUGGAGGAAGCUCUCGAGCGUGAUAUUCGUGGCGACAUUGGCCGCCGUGCUGAUCUGCUCGGUGGUGGCGGCGGUCAUGGCAGCGCCGCCAGUCGCGGCGGCGCUCUCAGCAGCGUCCUCGAUUCCGCUCGGAUCGAUGGGGAAGUGGAUGGACUCCGUAUGGAGGAGCUACGAGAACGCAGUGAAAGGGCAGAAAGAAGUGGUGAAUUCGAUGGCCAUGGGGACGUUCGUAGCCAUCAAAGAGAUGGAGAACAUCCGGAUUGUGAUGGAGAGGGUGGAGAUGGAGAUGGAGGCGAUGGUGGAGAAUGCGGAAUUCGCCAUUAGAGAGGAAGCUGUGAAGGUCGCGGUGGAGGAGAUGAAGAAGAAAGUGGGAGCGCUGAUGAAGAGCGUUGAGGAAUUGGGGGCCCAGGCCGAUUUGUGUAGCAGAGAUAUUACUGGGGCAAGAACUGUGGUUUUGCAGAGGAUUAUAAAUAAAUCAUCCUAAUUUAUUUAUUAAUUUUUUAUUUUUUUUAGGAAGGAAAAAUGUAAUUACAAUUUACAUACAUCUUUUGUUUUAGUUCCCUAUUCAUGUGAAUAAUGUUUGAUCCUCUCUCGUAAUUACC